CCAACUGUCCUACCCUACCAACCACUUCUGAUCAGUCGUCUCUCUGCGAUUAUUUGAUUCCCUUCCCUCUUCCUCGCGGUCCUUCACCGUAGAGAUCUGAUCGGAGGGGGAGAUACGGAGAGACAGAGAGGCUGAGAGAUUUUGCUGUAUGUCAAUAGACUGUGUCGAGACUUGUUUCGGUGGAUUUGGAGAACUCGUUAACCCUAUUCAAUGGCCUCAGCUUCGCAAAAGGCGACGCCAUCCGGCCACCGCUUUCUCCCAUCCGCCGCCUCCGGUCAUGGUUCUCCUCCGCCGGCCGUCUCCGCCGUGUCCAAUGCGAUCGGCGCCUGGUCCGUCGGAAACGCCGAUGGCAACGAUCAGCAGACUGCUAAGGUUGCCUUGGAGUCCCUGAUGCGCCCUGUCGAUUCGAUUCCUGAUACGACCCAAAAGCCCGCAAACAAAGGGAUCUCUCUGAUGCCAAGAACUGAAACUAAGCACCCUUUGGAUCCUCUGUCUGCCGCUGAGAUAUCCGUCGCAGUGGCAACUGUCAGGGCAGCUGGUGCUACCCCAGAGGUUAGAGAUAGUAUGCGUUUCAUCGAGGUGGUGUUGGUGGAACCGGAUAAACAUGUUGUUGCACUGGCAGAUGCUUACUUCUUUCCGCCUUUCCAACCGUCUUUACUUCCCAGAUCCAAAGGCGGGCCUGUAAUUCCUACUAAGCUCCCACCAAGGCGAGCUAGGCUUAUCGUUUACAACAAAAAGUCAAACGAGACAAGUGUAUGGGCAGUUGAGCUCUCUGAGGUUCAUGCUGUCACUCGAGGUGGGCAUCACAGGGGAAAAGUGGUUUCAUCACAAGUUAUUCCCGAUGUUCAGCCACCAAUGGAUGCGGCUGAAUAUGCCGAAUGUGAAGCCAUUGUCAAAGACUUUCCUCCAUUUAUAGAAGCGAUGAAGAAGAGGGGUAUUGCGGACAUGGAUCUCGUGAUGGUUGAUCCCUGGUGUGUCGGUUAUCACAGUGAAGCUGAUGCCCCUAGUCGUAGGCUUGCAAAGCCGCUCAUAUUUUGUCGCACCGAUAGUGACUCCCCAAUGGAAAAUGGUUAUGCUCGUCCAGUUGAGGGCAUUUAUGUGCUAGUAGACAUGCAAAACAUGGUGGUGAUUGAGUUCGAAGAUCGGAAGUUUGUUCCGCUUCCCCCACCUGACCCUCUGAGGAAUUAUACCCCGGGGGAAACUAGAGGGGGUGUUGAUAGAAGUGAUGUUAAACCUCUCAACAUUCUCCAGCCUGAAGGUACAAGCUUCCGUGUCAGGGAUUAUUUUGUAGAGUGGCAGAAGUGGAAUUUUCGUAUUGGGUUCACUCCAAGGGAAGGUUUGGUAAUUCAUUCUGUUGCUUAUGUUGAUGGCAGUGGAGGGCGCAGACCUGUCGCCAAUAGACUAAGUUUCGUCGAGAUGGUUGUGCCUUAUGGGGAUCCUAAUGACCCGCACUACAGGAAAAAUGCUUUUGAUGCAGGGGAGGAUGGUCUUGGGAAAAAUGCACAUUCACUUAAGAAGGGAUGUGACUGUCUUGGCUCCAUCAAAUAUUUUGAUGCUCAUUUCACAAACUUUACUGGAGGGGUUGAAACAAUUGAGAAUUGUGUAUGUUUGCAUGAAGAGGACCAUGGAAUUUUGUGGAAGCACCAAGACUGGAGGACAGGAUUAGCCGAAGUCCGAAGAUCUAGAAGGUUAACAGUUUCUUUUAUAUGCACUGUGGCUAACUACGAAUAUGGAUUCUACUGGCACUUCUACCAGGAUGGAAAAAUAGAAGCUGAAGUAAAACUUACUGGUAUCCUCAGUCUCGGGGCACUGCAGCCCGGAGAAACUCGAAAAUAUGGUACUACCAUUGCACCUGGGUUGUAUGCACCAGUCCAUCAGCAUUUCUUUGUUGCUCGCAUGGAUAUGGCUGUUGACUGUAAACCUGGUGAAGCUUUUAAUCAGGUUGUCGAGGUAAAUGUUAAAGUUGAAGAGCCUGGUGAGAACAAUGUUCACAAUAAUGCGUUCUUUGCGGAAGAAAAAUUGCUUAGAUCUGAGGCUGAGGCAAUGCGUGAUUGCGAUCCUCUUACCGCUCGCCAUUGGGUUGUAAGGAACACAAGAACUGUGAACAGGACGGGCCAAUUGACGGGCUACAAACUUGUUCCUGGUUCAAACUGUUUACCAUUAGCUCGUCCUGAGGCAAAGUUUUUGCGGAGAGCUGCUUUCCUGAAGCAUAAUCUCUGGGUCACGCCUUAUGCUCCCAACGAGAUGUUUCCCGGUGGAGAGUUCCCAAACCAAAACCCGCGUGUCGGUGAAGGCCUUGCUACAUGGGUUAAGCAGAACAGACCUUUGGAAGAAUCUGACAUCGUUCUUUGGUAUGUGUUUGGAAUCACACACGUCCCCCGACUGGAAGAUUGGCCUGUUAUGCCCGUCGAGCAUAUUGGCUUCACUCUAAUGCCACAUGGGUUUUUCAACUGCUCUCCUGCAGUAGACGUGCCUCCAAGCCUAAGCCCUUGCGAACUCGAUACUAAGGACAGCGAUGUCAAAGAGAAUGUCGUAGCCUCCAAGCCUAUUCAGAAUGGCGGCUUGCUGGCAAAGCUCUGAAGAAGGAAUAGUUUGCUCUCUACUAAAUAAGUCAACGAGUGCUUUAAGUCCCAUGACUUUGGUUGGGGUUAUGUUGUCUUUAUUCUGUUGCUUUUGAACUUUGAGACUUUGGGUUUGUUUCAUUACAAGCGACUUCGGCCUGCCCAAUGCCAUAAUGGUCAGACAUUGUGUCGUGUUUCAACGACUUUCCUGUUUGGUUUCUUGA